UCCGCUCUUUGCGGUAACAUUGUUGUGGAACGACGUCACAGCUCGAAAAUGAAGGCGCAGAGGCAGCCAUUACUGGAUGUUCUCUAAUUAUUUUAUUCCUAAUAAAUACUCGCGGAAAACUUCCAUGGCAAGAGCCACAAGUCAAUUGUAUGAUGUUGUGCCCAUUCAGACCAGCGUUGUCAUCUGUCCCUGCCCACAUCCCUCAAUGGUAAGAAACCAGCCUGACACCUGCUCGCCACUUGCCAUCCCAGGUGCAAGUAGCAGCCUCUGUCCCAGCAUGGAGGCCCCGUCCGCGGAGGCCAGGGCCGCGGAGCUACGCACCCAGACGGCCAUGCAGGCCUCCCAGCCUCGCAAGAAGAGGCCGGAGGAUUUCAAGUUUGGCAAGAUCCUGGGAGAGGGCUCCUUCUCGACAGUUGUCCUGGCAAAGGAACAAUCAACGGGGAAGGAAUAUGCAAUUAAGAUUCUGGACAAGCGGCAUAUUGUGAAGUCCAAAAAAGCCCAGUAUGUGAAAAGAGAGCGAGAUCUGUUGUCAAAUCUAGAUCACCCAUUCUUCGUCAAACUCUACUUCACCUUUCAAGAUGACGAGAAGUUGUAUUUUGGUCUUAGCUUUGCUAAGAAUGGGGAACUUCUAAAAUACAUUCGUAAAAUCGGUUCUUUUGAUGAGACCUGUACUCGAUUCUACUCAGCAGAAAUUGUUUGUGCUCUAGAAUAUUUACACAAUAAGGAGAUAAUACAUAGAGAUCUGAAGCCAGAGAAUAUUCUACUGAGUGAAGAUAUGCACAUCCAAAUCACAGAUUUUGGGACUGCAAAGCAGUUAACUGACAGUAAGCAAUCUAAAGCGAACUCCUUUGUUGGGACGGCCCAGUACGUCUCCCCCGAGCUGCUGACAGAUAAGUCGGCCUGCAAGAGUUCAGACCUUUGGGCGCUGGGAUGUAUAAUAUAUCAGCUGGUCGCCGGGUUACCGCCCUUCAGAGCUGGAAACGAGUACCUAAUAUUCCAGAAGAUAACAAAGCUGGAGUACGAGUUCCCAGAGAAGUUCUUCCCCAAAGCCAAGGAUCUUGUUCAAAGGCUUUUGUCUCUGGACCCCUCCAUGCGGAUCGGCUGUGAGGAGAUGGGGGGCUACGACCCGUUGAGACGGCAUCCCUUCUUCGAGACCACGUCCUGGGAUGACCUCCACCUGCAGUCGCCUCCCAAGCUGACACCAUACCUGCCCGCCAUGUCGGAGGAUGACGAGGACUGCUACGGAAACUACGACGACCUGCUGAGCCAGUUCAGCAGCAUGCAGGUGAGCCAGUCCAGCUCUUCCCACUCGCUGGCCGCCCCGGAGUCCCUGCCACCCCAGAGGUCCAGCAGCAACAUCGAGCAGUACAUCCACGACCUGGACAACAACUCCUUUGAGCUCCACCUGCAGUUCUCUGAGGAGGAGAAGCAGCUGCUGCUGGACAAACAGACAACUGGAAACCCCUGGCACCAGUUUGUUGAGAAUAACCUGAUCCUCAAAAUGGGCCCAGUUGAUAAACGAAAGGGUCUGUUUGCCAGGCGGAGGCAGCUGCUGCUCACAGAGGGCCCACACCUGUAUUACGUGGACCCGGUCAACAAGAUCCUGAAGGGUACCAUCCCCUGGUCCCUGGAGCUGCGGCCCGAGGCCAAGAACUUCAAGACCUUCUUUGUUCACACGCCCAAUCGAACGUAUUAUCUAAUGGAUCCCAGUGGGAAUGCUGACAAAUGGUGUAAGAAGAUCCAGGAAGUCUGGAGAAAGAUCUAUCAAAGCCACCAAGGCCCUGGCCUAUAGGGUCGAGGCUCCUCUGUGGCCCCGCCUCAUCCCUCUUUGCUCCAAGGCCAAUCACUGAGCAGAGUAACAUCCUCUUUAGUGUCCUUCAUCACCGCUAUGUAAACACUCUUUUUAGAGACGCUGGCAUCUAGACCUUGUUAGUUUUUUUCUGAGCAGAACCACGGGAUAACACACGGUGGAUCCAGAGUGCCUGCUUGUUCUGUGAGGCUUGUGUUGCAUUGGUCCACGUGUGGACGAUGAGACUGCUUACCCUGCACAUCUGCUUCUCAUCCAACCUGCAAGGGAAAGCAAAAAGAAAAGUUGUCUUGUCUGUAGAAGCACAGGCUGCGGUACCUCCGACUCCGUCAGGUGCAAGGGCUGGUUUCCUGCUGCUAUGACGACUAGAAUCAGUCCAGCUGUGUCCAACAGAGCGGAUACAGUAUGAUACUUCAACCAUAUUCUUAUCCUUCAUUGUACGUGUAAGGAGUAUUCAAAAAGCCCAUUUCUAGAGCAUAUAUACUACAUAGUCGCUGCAGAUGUAACCUGAUCCCGGGUUAGGACUCGGGCGGGCUCUCACCCUGACCCAGCUCCCCCCCCCCCCCCGGCCUCCCUGCUCCGGGGGGCCGUGUCCUCCGGGUGGGGUGUGUCCUCCGGGGGGGCGUGUCCUCCGGGGGGGGCGUGUCCUCCGGGGGGGGCGUGUCCUCUGGGGGCCGUGUCCUCUGGCUCUUGGUACCCCCUAGUCCAGUUAGGGUCUCCUUGCCAGGGAGCAGGGCUCCCGGACGGCCCAUCUACUAGGGUUUCUGUUCUUCUAGUGGGAGCUCUCCAAAGACCGUUUGUGGAUAUAUUGCUAAAGGGAGCGGGUGACCAUGCCACUAGCUUUGACUCUUCAUCAUAACGUGCUUCGCUUUCCUGCACGGCCUGUCCUGUAGCGCAGUCCGCCUCACUCUCAUAGGGCACUGGAAAUAUCCUUUAUACAAGUUUUGAAUCAUGGGUAUUUUGACUUUUUUUUGUGGCAUCCAUAGCUCUUAUUAUUGACUGAUCUGGCUGUUCUGUACCAUCACUGGCUCUUUUCUUUGUGGUUUGAAUAUUUACCUUUUUUUUUGGCGGGAUUGUAGACUCAAAUUUAGUUUGUCCUGAAAGAAUCUUUAUGCUGACCCCCCCCCCCCCCCCCCCCGAUGUCGGACAGGAAGAAGCCUCCUCAACUCUCACCUUGGAUCUCUCCUCAACCAGCGGCUGUAGGCUCUGGAUCAGACGGCCAACGGUUGGGAUCCUCCUCUGAAGGUUCCUCCUGAGGGUCCUCUGAAGGUUCCUCCUGAGGGUCCUCUGAAGGUUCCUCCUGAGGGUCCUCUGAAGGUUCCUCCUGAGGGUCCUCUGAAGGUUCCUCCUGAGGGUCCUCUGAAGGUUCCUCCUGAGGGUCCUCUGAAGGUUCCUCCUGAGGGUCCUCUGAAGGUUCCUCCUGAGGUCCUCUGAAGGUUCCUCCUGAGGUCCUCUGAAGGUUCCUCCUGAGGUCCUCUGAAAGUUCCUCGUAGGUUCCUCCUGAGGUCCUCUGAAGGUUCCUCGUAGGUUCCUCCUGAGGUCCUCUGAAGGUUCCUCCUGAGGGUCCUCUGAAGGUUCCUCCUGAGGUCCUCUGAAGGUUCCUCCUGAGGUCCUCUGAAGGUUCCUCGUAGGUUCCUCCUGAGGUCCUCUGAAGGUUCCUCGUAGGUUCCUCCUGAGGUCCUCUGAAGGUUCCUCCUGGGGGUUCUGAUGUUAUGGGGAGCGGCCCGACUUGGCUCGCUUCUCUCCCCUCGUUACAUUUGGCCCAAGGAGUAAAUUGAGCAAACGAUUUAAACCUGUGCUUUCGUUAAGAAACAAAACGUUCUUUUUGAAGCUUUUAGUUUUCACCAUACGCGAGGUCCUCCCUCAAGGGUCCCCCCCAAUGGGGUCCCUCCUGGCCGCAUGGCGGCGCUGGGGAGGAGUCAGGACGGAGGCCCAGAGCCAGGGCGCAGAGUGGGAAGUCAUUAAAGGAGAUCUGAUCCAAAAAUAUCCCCACAGAUUAAAUUGCUGUAUCUGUCUUCAAAGUCAAGUAAACACUAUAGAAAUGUGUUUGCCUCUCUUGCUAGAAAAUUGUUUGAAUCAUGUUGGCGGAAGUUAGUUACAUUGUUUAUGGAAUACUCUACCUGGUUUGUAACUGACUAGAACUGUGAUGUACAGACGAUGUAUUAUUGAAAUCUGAAGCAAGUAAUGCAAUGAUAUUAGGAUACAGUUUUUGUAUUUUUAUUCUUGUAUAAGGUUAUUUGAUGGCUAUUGUUUAGCCUCUAGCUCAUGUGUUAUUUAAAUUCUAAUAUAUGAAUCAUAUUUGGAUUGAAGUCAUGUUCAGGGGCCAUGGAGUGUAUGUAUUGAGAUGUAAAGCCUUUGAAUGUGAAUAAUUAUUGUAAACUAUAAUAUUUUACAGCUUUUUCUUACUAUAUCAUAUACAUUUUCUAUUUGCUCAGUGAUUUAAUCAUGUUUCUGAUAAUUUAAUGAAUCGGUUCAUCCUCUCUGAUUAUUUGUUCGCUAGGUCAGUAGAUGUUGAAUGAGGAAUUUUCCACUUAAUGCUUGGUAGUCCAGUAAUUAAAGCAUGUAGGGAUUUAGGCAUACAAAUAAAGUCAUGUGUCCUGUCUUCUGUUAACAACAAAAAGCAACAGCGUUCACUGAUAACGGCGUCUCAACAUUUGCAACAUGUAAAUAAAGUACCAGCCCAUC